UAUAUUUGGAAGAUGACUGCCUUCUUUCUACAGCACAGCACAGCACAGCACAUCACGAGGCUUCUUCUUCUCCUCCGUCUCUGUCGAUCCCCACUCUCGACAGCUCCAAUCCAUUCUCAAAUCCACUAUCCAAUCAGCCUCCAAAUCGAUGCUAACCAUGCACCUCAUCGGAUAGCAGCAGCACGCCGGAGGCGGAGGGGAUCGAGGAGGAGGCAGGAGCCGCCGGAUCCAUCGAGCUUCCGCGCGGCGGAUCCAGAUCCACCACCACCCGCGGGAGGGGGAUGAGGAGCCGCGUCCUCGGAGCAGGGCGCCGCCGCCUGGGCCUGGCCCGCAUCUCAGCGCUCGGUUCUACUUCUAUCUAGGGUUUCAACCAACAAAUCGGCCUCCUAAUCCCGGCCAUGGAGUCGCCGCCGCACAAGCUCAAUGUCGGCCGGGACGAGGACCGAAUCAGCGCGCUCACCGACGACCUCCUCGUCGGAAUCCUCGAGCGCCUCGACUUGCGCCAGGCGGUCCGCGCCGGCGCACUCUCGACGCGGUGGCGUGACCUCCCGUAUCGGCUAUCGCGCCUGCACCUCGACGUCGGUCACUUCCAAGGCGCCACGCCGCUCGAGGUCAUGGACGCUUUCACGGGCGCGGCACAGAGGUUGCUCUCUGUGGCGGUUCCUCUGGCCGAGGGCGAGGGCGCCAGUGCUGCCAUCAUUCCCAUCAAAUCCCUCGUCCUCAGCUUUUACAUGUCAUCCCCUCACCUGAGCGCCAUAGGCCGCACCGUCGAGGACGUUGUGAGCUACGGCAAGACCGAAUGCCUUGAGUUCUCCAUAUCCUCGCCGCCGCCAGCGAGCUACACCGCUCUGCUGCUCGCGGAGAUUGGACAGCAGUUCAUGUCCUUCUCCGGCGCCUACCCAGUCGCCUUCUCGUGGCUCACCAGCCUUACACUAAAGCGCCUUGCGUUUGGCCCUUCCGACGUCACCGAGCUCAUUAGCGCUUGCGGUAGGCUUAGGCACCUCACCCUGAAACUCUGCAGACUGAUUGAUCCACACUCCACGCUCAAGAUCGACGUGCCGUGCUCUAGGAUCCAGGAGCUUGAGUUCUUUGGCUUUGGGUGUAGACAGAUAGAGCUCAUUUCUGCACCCAAGCUUAGGCAAGUGUGGUGCCAAAAUUGGCUCUUCGACAACCCUCCAGUGUGCUUCGGCCAUGUUCCUGAGCUUCGCGUUGUAAGACUCUUUUCUAAAACCAUGGCAUGGCAGGCGUCAUUCACGCUGAGCGAGUGCCUGUCAAAGAGUGCAACGAACCUGUCGAAAUUGCAUCUUGAUUUUCUCCACCAAAUGAUUUGGAUUCAGCCAGAACAUCCGAAGCAGCUCACUGCUAUAUUCAGAAAUCUCACCUCUGUGUUUCUUUUGGGUAUCUUCACUGAGUGUGAUCUGAGCUGGACACUAUUUUUCCUUGAAGCUGCACCUGUGCUGCAGAAUAUUGCAUUAUCUCGACAUUCUUGUAUCAUGACGCUCGAGAACAGUGCCGAGAAGACCAAUGUGGUGUGGAAGCCAACCAAGGAUUUGAAGCACCUGAACUUGAAGGUGCUGCUGAUCUUUGGGUGUGAGGAUGAAGAUAAGGUGACAAACUAUGUAAGGCUUGUCAUGGGACGAGCUGUGGGCUUGAACAGUAUCGUGCUGCAUGGUGAAUACCCAUGCGAGGACUGCAAUGCCACUGACCUUGAAAGACCCAAGAUGGGUAAAGCAUCCAAGGUGGGUGAAGCUAGCAGACGUCGGAUUAAGGAGCGACUCACACAUGGAUCAUCCUCAUCUGUGGAGAUAGUUAUCUGUUGACGGAUAUGGUCAAGGAAUGCUAGUAGUCUCUUUAACUCUCCCAGGCUUGGAGCAGCUAGAGCAAUGACUGUGUGAGGCACACCCAGUUGUGAUUCCAAUUUCUAUUUAUUGAUAGCCUGAGGAUACUUGAUUGAUGUGGACCUUGCACUGUAGCUAAAUUAUGUGUGUACUGUAAUCUUGCUGCAUGCUUUAUCUUCCAGUUUACCGAGUAAUUGCCAAAUAUUUGUGCAUGUACUGACAAAUUCUUGAGGCGUUCUCUUUUUGCCGAGAAAACUUUCCAUGUACUGAGAAAUCCCCUACUGUAUUCUGUGUUAUGCCUGGAGGGUAUCAUU